AUGGGCAGUAGUAACCAUCCCCUCGUCCUCGAGCUGGACCAGCUCACUCGCCGCGAUAACUCGUCGCUUGGGGAGAUGCUCAGCCAGCUGGGCAGCGCGGGCAUCCCCGUGCCCCCGGGUUUCGCUACCACCGCUGACGCCUACUGGCACUACGUCGAUGCCAAUCACCUCCGCGAGAAGAUCGCCGCUCUCGUGGCCGACUGGCAGUCUCGCCGCAGCAGCCUCGUUGAGACCGGCCACGCCGUGCGCAGCCUCUUCCUGCAUGGCCGAUGGCCGCGAGAAGAAGAAGAGGCCAUUCGCACAGCAUACCACGAGCUGUCCCGACGUGCCGGGACUACAGAGAACGAGCUCAACGUGGCGGUGCGGUCCAGUGCCACGGCGGAGGAUCUCCCCGAUGCGAGCUUUGCCGGCCAGCAGGAGACGUACCUCAAUAUCUGUGGCGCGGACGCGGUCCUAGAUGCGUGUCGCCGGUGCUUCGCCUCGCUGUUCACCGAUCGGGCCAUCAGCUACCGCCAGGCCAAAGGGUUCGAUCACCUUGGGAUUGCGUUGUCGGUGGGCGUGCAGCAGAUGGUGCGGUCGGAUGCCCCCGGCGGCGGGUCCGGGGUGAUGUUCACGAUUGACACCGAGUCCGGGUUCGAUCAAGUCGUCUUGAUCAAUGCGGCGUGGGGGCUGGGCGAAAAUGUCGUGCAGGGCGCGGUGAACCCGGACGAGUACCAAGUCUUCAAACCCCUGCUACAGGACCCCCAGCUGCGGCCCAUCGUCAAGAAAGACCGCGGCAGCAAGGAGGUCAAGAUGGUGUACGGCGACACCACCACCCCGACGCGCAACGUCCCGACCUCCAAGGCGGAGCGCGACGCCUGGGUCCUGACGGACGAGGAGAUCCUGACGCUGGCCCGGUGGGCGUGCAUCGUCGAGAAACACUACGGCUGUCCGAUGGACCUCGAGUGGGCGCGCGACGGCACCACCCAGCAGCUGUGGAUCGUGCAGGCGCGGCCGGAAACGGUGCAUUCGCAGCGCCACGACGCGGCCAGCAGCUUCACCACGUACCACGUCACAAAGCGCGGACGCGUGCUGGCCAAGGGGGUGUCCGUGGGCGACGCCGCCGUCUCCGGCCGCGUGUGUCUCAUCGAGACGGCGCAGGACAUCGACCGGUUCGUGGCGGGCUCGAUUCUGGUCACCCGCGCCACGGACCCGGACUGGGUGCCCAUCAUGAAGCAGGCCAAAGCCCUCAUCACCGACCACGGCGGCCGCACCUCGCAUGCCGCCAUCGUCAGUCGCGAGCUGGGUCUCCCCGCCGUUGUAGGCGUCGGCACGGCGACCUACAUCCUGCACACGGGCCAGGACGUGACCGUCUCGUGCGCCGAGGGGGAUAUCGGUUUCAUCUACGAGGGGGGCGCCGACAUCGCGGCGCAGGUGGUCGACCUCGCCUCGCUGCCACGCAGUCGACACACGCAGGUGAUGGUCAACCUGGCCAACCCGGCGGCCGCGUACCGGUGGUGGCGCCUCCCCGUCGACGGGAUCGGGCUGGCCCGCAUGGAGUUCGUGGUGGCCAACACCAUCCAGAUCCACCCCAUGGCCCUGGUGCACUUCGACCAGCUCACCAACCCGGACACCAAGAAGCAAAUCGCGCAGCUGACCGUCGGGUACGCGCACAACAAGCCGGACUACUUCGUCGACAAGCUGGCGCAGGCCUUCGCCGCGCUGUGCGCCGUCUUCCAUCCGCGGCCGGCCAUCAUCCGCAUGAGCGACUUCAAGACCAACGAGUACGCGAGCCUAAUCGGCGGGGAGGAGUUCGAGCCCCACGAGGAGAACCCCAUGAUCGGGUUCCGGGGCGCCUCGCGCUACUACUCCCCGCGGUACCGCGAGGGGUUCGCGCUCGAGUGCCGCGCCAUCCAGCGGCUGCGCGAGACGAUGGGGUUCACCAACGCCGUCGUCAUGAUCCCCUUCUGUCGCACCGUGUGCGAGGCCGAGAAGGUGCUGGCCGUCAUGGCGCAGAACGGGCUCGCGCGCGGCCACGCCGGCCUGCAGGUCUACAUGAUGUGCGAGAUCCCGGCCAAUGUGAUCCGCGCCGCCGAGUUCACCCGCUACUUCGACGGGUUCUCGAUCGGCUCCAACGAUCUGACGCAGUUGACGCUGGGCGUCGAUCGGGACUCCGGCGAGCUGGCCGAGCUGUUUGCCGAGCAGGAUGAGGCCGUGCUCUGGAUGAUUCGGCGGGCGAUCGACGUGGCGCGCCAGCAUGGCUGCAAGAUCGGGAUCUGUGGGCAGGGCCCCAGCGAUCACCCUGAGUUUGCCCAGUUUUUGGUCGAGGCGGGAAUAGGCUCGAUUUCGGUCACGCCGGAUAGUUUCUUUGCCGUGAAGAAGAGGGUCGUUGCUUGCGAGGAGGAGAUGGGUGGAGGUGGUAGUAGGACUGAGGUGGUGCAGGGGCAGUGA